AUGUCUGACGUCGCUGAGCCCAAGCCCGACCCCACCACCAGCGCUCCUGAGGCGGCUGAGAAGCCCGAGGAGACCACCACCGCUGCCGCUGCUGAGGAAUCCAAGCCGGCGACCGAGACUGCGGCCGAAGCCGUCCAGGACGCCGCCACCAAGACCACCGACAGCGUCUUUUCCAUGUUCGGCGGCGGCCCCAAGAAGGAGAAGCAGGAGGAAGCCGACGAGGGCAAGGACGAGCCUUCCGGCUCUUCCAAGGCGCAGAAGGGUGAAGAUGAGGACGAGGCCCCCGAGUCCCCCGAUGUUCACUUCGAGCCCGUCAUCCGCCUGACCGAGAAGGUCGAGACCAAGACCAACGAGGAGCUGGAGGAGCAGUCGUUCAAGAUGCGUGCCAAGCUGUUCAAGUUCGACCGGGAAAGCAAGGAGUGGAAGGAGCGUGGUACCGGUGACGUGAGACUGCUCAAGCACAAGGAGAACCAGAAGACCCGCCUAGUGAUGCGCAGAGACAAGACCCUCAAGGUCUGCGCUAACCACUACAUCGUCCCCGAGAUGAAGCUGAGCCCCAACGUGGGCAGCGACCGCAGCUGGGUGUGGAACGCCACCGCCGAUGUCAGCGAGGGCGAGCCCGAGGCCUGCACCUUGGCCAUCCGUUUCGCCAACAGCGAGAAUGCCAACCUGUUCAAGGAGGCCUUCGAGAAGGCCCAGCAGGAGAACGAGAAGCUUCUCUCCCAAACAGUCCGACUGGUGACGGAGCAGCACAUCGUAAACAAGGAUUCCGGCGUCGAAGGUUUUCCCCUCCGGUCAUGGUCAAUUGAGGUCUACGUCGUCAAUGAACAUGGCGACCAGAUACCCGCCAAUGUCUUUGACAAAGUCACGUACACCUUGCAUCCGAGUUUUGGCGAGAGAGCCGUUCAGACCUUCAAGAACCCCCCGUUCCGAAUCUCCGAGGAAGGAUGGGGUGAAUUCGACUUGCAGAUCAACCUGACUGCCGCGGAUAAGGAUCACAUCCUUACGCAUGACCUCAACUUUGCUCAAGCUCGUUAUGAGUCUAAGCAUAAUAUUACCUUCAAAAACCCCAAGCCCGCUCUUCUAUCGCUCCUGCGCGAAUCCGGCCCGGUUCCCGGCGACGAGAACGGGGUGAAGUCGAAACGCGCCGCUGCCGGAGAGGAGGGAUCGAAGAAGAAGAAGCGGACGGAGAAGAUCGUCGACAUGGACAAACUGGCCGAUGGCCUCCAACGACUCGGCGAAGAUGACCUUCUCCAAGUAGUACAGAUGGUGCACGACAACAAGGCCCCAGACUCGUAUACCAAGAAUGAUGUUGAGCAGGGAGAAUUCCACGUCGAUCUUUAUACCCUACCGGACACCCUAAUUAAGAUGCUGUGGGAUUUCACGCAGGAGAAGGGCGCGUUGUGA